AUGGCAGAUCGCUAUAAAGCAGGGCGGCAUGAGGAGGAGGAGGAGGAGGAGGACCAAGAGGACCUAAGGGAGCAAGAGGAUCAGAUACAAGAGGAAGAGGAGCAUGAAGAACUAGGCGCAGGGCAGGAGGAGGAGGAGGAGGAGGAGGAGGAGGCGGAGGAGGCGGAUUACUGGGAGGAAGACGGAGAGCGGGAAGAAGAAGGGGAGAAGAAGCAACAGGAACACGAGAAACGGCAGGAAGAAGAGCAAGACAACGAGGGACAAGAGAUACUGGUAGAUCAGAGACAAGAAACUCAACCCAAGGAAUGCGAGCAAGAAGACAUGGCUGGAGAUGCCGGGGAUCACGAGAUGGAAGCUGAAAAAGAUGCGAAGAACGACGGAAAGAACAGCGGACAGGAGAACAAGUCGAGUACAAUCAAGUUCAAGCCUGUUAAGCAGGGCAAGGACAUGCGGCUACAGUAUCAAGGCAAGAGCAUGGAGCAGGCUCGCAAGACGAGGACAAGUCUUGGAAGCAAGGAAAUGAAAGUGGAGACUAGUAAAGGGCGGCAAAAUGAUGAACAAGUCGUGUUUGGGAAACGAGCGUCGGAUGAGCAAGAGCAGUUGGACGCUUGUCCAGAUGUUAGCUUCGACGGGUCCGAUGACGUGGGAAGCACCGGGGCAGUCAGAAAUGUCUCAAACGAUUCACAUGAACGUAGAAAUAUCUCCAACGAUUCACAUGAACGCGACGUUGUCGCCAACCUAGAAAACAGGCUUGAGAUGUUCAAAGAGGGCAGACUGGAUUGUAGCAUUUCACGGACCCAUCAAACUGUUACGUCCCUGGACAGAAUUGUUGUGAACUUUCCGUAUCUUCAGGCUUUGAGCUUGCGGGGGCAGAAAAUUAGCAAUCUCCAGCCUCUUUGUUCCUUGUUAUCUUUGAAGGAUCUUGACAUCUCUUCGAACGACAUCCACGACAUCAGCGAUCUUUGUGGCUGCUUGCUGUUGCAGAGACUUGACCUGUCCAACAACAGGAUAAAGGAAUUGCCGGCAGUUGUCAACAACCUGGCUAUGCUGAGGAUAUUGCUUCUUUCCAGAAACAGAAUCUCUUUCUUGACUUCAUUCGAUGCCCUGACGUCUCUCCCGUCUUUGGUCGAGAUCAGUGUCGCCGGGAAUCCGGUGUGCAGGCUUGUCAACUGCAAAGAGCAUAUCCUUGGAGUCUUGCGACACGUUAAGAUCAUUGAUGGGACGCCUGUGCUGGAAACUCAACGUCAGUCUGCAGCAAUCCAGUCAGCGAUGAGGCGCUUGAACUUCUUGCAAGACCAUCCCAACCUGCCAAUGGAAAGGAAUCAAGAGGGAGCCAGCAUGGGCAAGUACAGCAUGGAAGAUCUCGACGACGAUCAACUUGCAAGACUUCAAGGAGUUCAUCGGCGCCCCGUGCUCCCAGCCGCAGACGCUCUUGCUGCUUUCUCCGGCCGACUGUCUUCUCAGGACAGUUCCUCCAUCUCAAACCUCCGCACAUCUCCAGUGGCUAAUGAGUCACAAGCAAGAAGCAGCAGCACGAGCUACCUACCCAUCGGUCACAAGGACUCCUCUCUCUCGCACGGCAGCCCGGAUGGGCGACCUCACCAGCACCGCGCGUUUGGAAGCAGCCUCCUCAGCUCCUUGCACGAAAGGAUCGCCGACGCAUCGAGGGGCCAUGAAGAUGGGGAGGCCUCGAGCUGCUCGCAGAGCAACCCGGAUACCCUCAGGUUUGAUGAUAUCAGCGCCUACACUAGGUCCACCCUCCACGAUCACGCAUCCGACGAUCACGAGUGGAGGAGAAACGGCAGCCGCGGCAAGUCGGAAGCGGCACGAGCGCUGGACUUUUCCGAGGCAGAGAGGGAGCAAGCAGCCCUCAACUAUGAGGGAGAUACGGAGGACGCCAAGAAGCUCGCAGCACAGCUUGUCGCUGCUGCUGUCCCAGUGUUCAGGAAGAUGCUUCCUCCCUUUCGAGACGCCUUCAACCUCGAGCUGUUAGACUGCUACAGUGUGGAGCAUGUCUUGAAGGUCCUUACAAGGCUGCUCCCCCUCCUCAGCCCCUCUGCCUUCGGUCCACCUGGCGACGAGCCGUCUACGUCUAGCAAGUUCGUUCCUCCUGGAGGCCAUCCGGCCGCCGAGCGCAAGCGCGAGGCCAGCCCGGAAGAUCAUGUUCAGAGCCUUUCGGAAGAGAUCGAGCGGAAAUUUCGCGACUAUCAGAAGGUGUUAGAGAUGUACGAUGUCAAAGAUUCUUCUCAGCGCAGGGCGCAGAACUCGCGCAAGAAUUUCUCCAUCAAUGAGCCGGGGAGGAAGGAUGCAGCUCCGAUAGGCAGCAUCGUGGCGUCGCAUUAUGCGCGGGCGCGGAUGAUGAAGAGGGAGAACCAGCAGAUUGUCUCGGUCAGCGAGAGGUUUGACAGGGACUCCUGCCAUCGUCCUUCAGGAAGAGGAGGGAAGAACUUGUUCGAGGCUGAGAGCAAAGGGAAAGCUAACCGGUCCAUCUACCAACUCUCUACCAAGACGAGGACAAAGCAAAGCGGGUGA